CCAUUUGAGGCCGCUCAGCCCCAUAAAUGCCAUUUGCAUGGGGAUAGGAUGUAACAAGAGCUGUAAAUCACUGAUGGCGGAGUGAACUCCUCAGGGGCAGACACGGCGGAGCCGAGCCUCCGCGAGCUGAGGCAAUGUGUGAACGAUAUCUUUUGUUGGGGGAGAGGACUGAUCGCAAUUAGAUGAUACUUAUCUGGCCCUUUGAUGUGUAUUUACACAAACAACGUUUUCCUCCGGGAGUUCAGGUAUAAAGUAGGGGCUCGCGGUCUCCGCCACCCUCCUUCCCGGCAUCUCUGAAACAAGGCAGGAUGACCAAGGCCCCUUUCUCCGUCGAAUGGUUGUCCCAGAGCAGCCAGGCUCUCAAGAGCCCCACCGAGGGCUCUCCGCACCGAGCGUCCUCCGCGGGCCACCGGCCCGGCUCUGGCUCCAGUCCUGGCUCUGGCUCCAGCCCCGGCUCCGGCGAGCGGAGCCGGGAGCAGUCCGCCGGGCCGCGGGCCGGGAGAAGCGGCAGGAGCAGGGAGCGCCUCCCGCGCCGGGAGAGGAGGGUGGGCGGGCGGGCCUGGGGCCCCUCAGGGCCCCGGGAAGGCACCACUUCGCUGUGGCAAAGGAGUCGGGCGAUUCCCUACGCGGUUCCCGGGCGUGGCUGACCCUUUCCUCCUUCUCCCUGUCCUCAGGAGCAGACGGGCGGCCGUCGGGAGCUGGGCAACCCGUGCCUGAGGAGGGUCCCGAGGAGCCCGGCGGCCGCGGCGGGCGGCGGCUGCGCACGGCGUUCAGUGCCGAGCAGAUCAGCACCCUGGAGAGCUCCUUCCAGCGGCAGCAGUAUCUGGGAGCCGCCGAGCGCCGGCAGCUGGCGGGCAGGAUGCGCCUCUCCGAGGUGCAGAUCAAGACUUGGUUUCAGAACCGCCGGAUGAAGCUCAAGCGGCAGCUGCAGGAAUUGAGGACGGAGCCUUUCUGCAGCCCCCCUCUCCCUUACGGACCUCAGGGCGGUGUGGUGCCCUUGCCUCUCGCAUACGUGGCCCGACCACCACCUCUGCCCCGGCAAGGGGCCGCCUCUGAGGGCUUCACCUUGGCGGCUCUGCCGGCACCCGCCCUGGACCUCAGCAGCGCCUGCAGAACACAGCCAGUAGGCUUUUGGGCGGCACCCUGCUUUGUGGGGUACAGGGAUCCCAGAGCUUUCUUGCUGGGUGUCUGACCCUCUGAUAUGGACUAUGACUAAAGAGGAUUUGCACUACUGAUAGAUGUUUGGGCUGCCCUUGUCUGUAACUGCCUGGCGGAGUUAUGAUGCAGCACUGAACAAAACAUUUUGCAAAGACAUGCUGGACAACCUGGACUACGGACUUCAGGCCUCUGCAUUUAUAGGCAACUAUAAAAUAGAAACAGAGUGGGACAAACUAGUAUAAAUGGAAUCCUUUAAUAAACCUAUUUUUUUUUCCA